AUGGAGCGAACUGUUCCGUGCACAGUGCCGCUGGGUCAGAUGGAGGUGUUUCAGGCCCUGCAGAGGCUGCACAUGACCAUCUUCUCCCAGAGUGUGUCCCCCUGUGGGAAGUUCUUGGCCGCUGGCAACAAUUAUGGGCAGAUUGCUGUCUUCAGCUUGUCAGCUGCUUUGAGCUCUGAGGCAAAAGAGGAAAGUAAGAAGCCGGUGGUGACCUUCCAAGCCCAUGAGGGGCCAGUCUACAGCAUGGUGUCCACUGAUCGGCAGCUGCUCAGUGCUGGAGACGGAGAAGUGAAGGCCUGGCUGUGGGCAGAGAUCCUAAAGAAGGGCAGCAAGGAGCUGUGGCGUCGGCAGCCCCCAUACAGGACCAGCCUGGAAGUGCCAGAAAUCAAUGCUUUGCUGCUUGUCCCCAAGGAGAACUCUCUCAUUCUGGCUGGAGGCGACUGUCAGCUGCAUUCAAUGGACCUCGAAACUGGGGCCUUCACACGGGCCCUCCGUGGACACACAGACUACAUCCACUGCCUGGCACUGCGCGAGCGGAGCCCCGAGGUGCUGUCGGGUGGUGAGGACGGUGCCGUGAGGCUUUGGGACCUCCGCACAGCCAAGGAGGUGCAAAUGAUUGAGGUCUACAAGCAUGAGGAGUGCUCCAGGCCACACAAUGGACGCUGGAUUGGGUGCUUGGCAACUGACUCAGAUUGGAUGGUCUGCGGAGGUGGUCCAGCCCUCACCCUCUGGCACUUGCGCUCCUCAACGCCCACCACUGUCUUCCCUAUGCGGGCUCCACAGAAGCACGUCACCUUCUAUCAGGACCUGAUUCUGUCUGCUGGCCAGGCCCCAUGCGUCAACCACUGGCAGCUCAGUGGGGAGCUCAAGGCCCAGGUGCCAUGCUCGUCCCCAGGGCUGCUCAGCCUCAGCCUCAACCAGCAGCCAGCAGCCCCCGAGUGCAAGGUCCUCACAGCUGCCGGCAACAGCUGCCGAGUGGACGUCUUCACCAACCUGGGCUACCGCGCCUUCUCUCUGACCUUCUGAGUGCCCACACC